CUGACAUUUCAUUGUGUUUGUAAAAAGUAUAAAUUGUGAAUUUUUAAUUGGAUUUUGUAGGUGGAGAAGAUAAAUAGUUCAUAAAUUAAUCAUAAAAUGCUUUUACUUGGCUAAUCCAAGUGAAAUGGCGUUUUUAGAAAGGCGUCGAUUUACCUUCUUCGAUGUUCAUAACAAUGUUGAUGGUGGAAAAAUUGCAGAAUGCCUUCAGGAUACAUCAGUGUCAGCGACCACUAGUGGGAACAAUCAUAUUAUCAUAUGUGAUGUCACAGGCUUGGCACACAUCAUCUCCCGUUCCUGGGAGAUCCUGUCAUUCAAGGCCUAUGAGCUGACAAUUACACUGGCACAACAGCUUCCACAUGACCCUUACUUAGUCACUAUCGGGUGGUGGCCAACAUGGUUAGACCUAAAAUUAGGAUUACUAGGGUUCUUUGGUGAGUUAGACUGGCUGGAAUAA